AGCUGAUCAGUUUUGCAUUCACCAUGAACUUGUCAGAAAAUUACUACUUCCACAAAGGAAGCCUGGGCCUGAGGCAGUGCAGGACUCCUAUAAAAGGCAGCCCAACGCUCUGCUCUCUCAUCCACUUCUUUCGCCUCCUUCUCCUUGGGAAUCAGGUGAGCCUCUGUCCCAGAGACAUGUCCUGCUGCAACCCGUGCGUGCCCUGCCAGCCCUGCGGCCCAACCCCACUGGCCAACAGCUGCAAUGAGCCCUGUGUCAGGCAGUGCCAGAACUCCACCGUUGUCAUUGAGCCCUCCCCCGUGGUGGUGACCCUGCCUGGCCCCAUCCUCAGCUCCUUCCCACAGAACACCGUUGUGGGCUCCUCCACCUCCGCUGCUGUUGGCAGCAUCCUCAGCUGUGAGGGAGUGCCCAUCAACUCUGGAGGCUUUGACCUCUCCUGCAUUACCAGCCGCUACUGUGGCAACAGAUGUCGCCCCUGCUAAAGCUGAUGGCAACAUCCCUGGGAAGAAGCUCCCAAGACCUUUGAAUAUGGUCUUUGAAAGGAGAUAGAGCUUCAUGGCAUUGCAUUCAGAGCUUUGAACCAUUGUUUACUUCUUCCACUGAAGUCUCUUACUCUUUCCCCUGCUGUUUCUGUCUUUCAAGGUCAGCCUAGCAGGGACCUGUUUUUCCCCCUCCCUUUGCAGGGCAGGCAGAACUACUCCCUGCUGGAGUUUCACCACAUCCUUGUGGCUGCACAUGGUGCUCCCUGUGAGCCAUCUGUUUUCUUCUUCAGUCUCAUUAAAGUUGUGCUGCAUCCAA